UUGAUUUUUCAUUCCAGUAUGGAUAUUGGUUUUGGAUGGUGAUAUUGCGAUCCCUUAUUAGUAUAGAAAUAAUAAUUGUUAAAAGAGGAGGAUGAGCUUGUCCUGUAGCGGGCAACAUGGGGGUUGGGAUUGGAGAAAACAAGGAGACUAAAACCGACAUUUCAGUAAUUGAUUGAUAAAAAUCAAGGAUAAAAAAAAGGAAGAAAAUGAAGGGUAGUACAGCUUUUUGUAUUUCGCAAUAAGAAAAAAACAGUCGCCCUUGCUUUUUCUUUUCUUCUCUUUCUUUCUCUUUUUGUUGAGUCUUGAACGCAUAUUCACUGAUGGGUUGGGGGGGGUGAAUCUUGGUGGGUAAUGGUAUAAACUCGCUUUUUUGUGGAGAGAACCUGAUGCCCUUUUGAUGUGUGAGUGGGUGGUGCUGUUUUUCUCUUAUUCUCAUCUCUCUCUCUCUUUUGCCUAGGCAGUACUCAAAAUUACCUCAUUUUUCUCUCUUAGUCUCUCCUAAAAAUUCUCUUUCAAAACUGCCUCAAAGUCAAAUUCCAAAGGCUAAAUGGAUUGUUUGAUCUUGUGAAUAGUACUGCUUUCUUUCGCCGCUGCUGAUAGGUUUGGAAUUAUCAGAAGCUACUACUUCAGAGAAAUAAGAGACAAGCAAAGAGGAAGAGAGAGGGGUACUGUUAUGCUGAAGAUCAGGGGCAGUCCUGGAGAUAGAAGCAGUAUCAGUGUGCUUGUGACUGUUGUAAAAACAGCACAAGAAGAGAGAAGCUUUUCAUCAGAUGUUAUCCAUUGAAAACCCUCCACCAGAUCCCCCAUGUCCUCGCCAAUUUCUGCAGCUGAAAAGUGGUAGUGAUGAGAUUGAGAGACCACCUCAUAAGCUUCCCUUGCCUGAGGUAGAUCUGCUAAAACGGCCGUCUCUUGAUAAUCAUCAUUAUCAUCAUCAAAUCCCACUCCCCAGGUUCUCCAUAAGAGAUUAUGUAUUCACUGCCCGAAGAAAGGAUAUCAAGAAGAAUUGGCCGUUUUCUCCAAAAAAUUUGCAACUUUGUAUGAAGCAUGGGUUGAAGGAUCCAUUGCCACCAUUUCAGCCUCUUGAUACAGUAAGAAACCAAUCCAUAAAGAGAUAUGUGGUUGAAACCAAUCCAAUUGAGAAGCAAAAUACAAGGACAUUCGAUGAAGAGCUAUCUGGGUCAACCGAUCAUGUGGUGGUAGAGUCAUUCGAUGAUACUCGCUCGAACCAUAACCUAGCGGGUACUUGCAUAGCCAAUAGCUCGUGCAUAUCCGGAGAACAUGAAAAUGAUUUACCCUUUACAACAACAAGUGUUUCUCAAUCUGAUAUAGACUCGGUUCUCAUUGACAAGCAGUCCAACCUACCAUUAGAAACUGAUACAUCUGUGGAAGGAUCGGCAGAAGUUCAAGCUGCUGUUGCUUUUAAGUCCCAAAAGACUGAAAGCACAACCCGACCCUCCAGCAAGAAGUGCAGAUUAAUAGUGAAAUUUGGUGCCCAUUCUGAUCGUAGCUUGACUGAAGACAUUGCUUCAAAUUGUAUCAUGGUAUCAGAAUUGAUGGCUUCAAAAGUUUGCCCUGUUUGUAAAAUUUUUUCUUCCUCUUCUAAUACCACCUUGAAUGCUCACAUCGACCAGUGCCUUUCUGUUGAGUCAACUUCCAAAUGGACAGUGGAUUCUAGGCUGACAAGGCAUAGAAUUAAGCCUCGGAAAACAAGACUGAUGGUAGAAGUCUAUGCUACUGCCAAACCGUGCACAUUAGAAGAACUUGACAGGAGGAAUGGUACAAGCUGGUUCACUGCGUCAAACAUUUGUGGACAGGAUUUUAAGAGACUUGAAAUAUAUGAUGAAGGGAAAAAUCAAAGAGUUUCCCCAAUUAAUCCUGAGGAUACUGGCGAUGUAGGUGCUGUUUAUGUUGAUGCCAAUGGUACCAAACUUCGGAUUUUAUCAAAGUUUAAUGAUUUGCCAUCAGUGUCAAAACUUGGAGAUGAUCUUGGAGCGCACCAAUCUUUGCAAAGAGGUGUAGGAAACAAAUUCUUUUCAACCAAAAAAAAGAGGCACCAUGCCCCAAAACAUCACAAGAAUCUCAAACUUGUUCCUCAAAGCAGAAAAUUUUUCUCGCAUAAGACCUGUUCUUCAACGAUAGUUGGCGGCCAAGAAGGAUAUUGUGGAGUAGAAGAAAGUUCCAAAAGUGAUGGAUCACAUGUGCCAAAACAAAUCAAAUCAAGUAAUUCUAGAAACUUUAAGGAAAGGGUGUGCUCUAAACAAGCAGGUCUUUCAAGGAAGCCUAAUAAACGAGAUAGAGAUCGACCUUUGACAUGUAACCAGCAUGUUACUUGGCACUUGUGGCUUCAGAGUGACCAAUCCCAUCAAGGUGAUCAUCUUGUGGAAAGAAAUUGUGUUCGCAAAUUUAAAAAUUCAUCUGAAAAUCCAAUUUCUUCUCCUGAGAAAUCUGAGAGGAUAGAGAAGCCUGUUUAUGAAGCCCCAGUUAUUGAUAAGAAGGAGCAUUCUUUGGGAAGAAAGAGAGUUAGGAGUCCCUUGUUUGGAGCCAAAAUCCAUAACAAGGUGGAGAGGUCUUUUCACCAACUUAAGCAAAAUGCAAAUCAGUUCAGCAAAGACCAUCCCCAUCUAGAUGACAAUCAUAUGGUGAGAUCUCUGAACUCUGGUGGAAAUUGCCCAUCUUCAUUGAGCAAAAAGAUUGUUGAUAUUGAUGCAAAUAGUAAUCCUGGUACUCAUGUCACUGCUACUGCAACUAUUAGUCAUCAAUUGUUUGCAUCCAAAUGCUUCAGAUUUUCCUCACAAAAGAAAAAUGUGCUGUCUGCUAGCAGCAGGUCAGCCAUGGUUGAAUCUAGGUCUAACUUGGUUAAGAAAUAUUCAACAAGGAAGAGUCGAAUGCAUUUUAUGGCAGAAAUAGAUGAGGAGGCUGUGGCCUGCGGUCCUGAGGCAGAUCAAGAAUGUAACUUGGUUCAUGAUGGUGCUAAAAAUCAAUGUGAGGGGAUAGAGAUAACUGAAGAAUUAUCAUUUGGUGGAAGCUGUAUCCAGGGAGCUGGAGAACAAAGAGGAAGAAGUAUUUCUGAGAGGAAGGAAACCAUGGCUUUGAAGAGCAUACAACUGGAACCUCACUGUUAUGAUCAUGAUGAGAGGGAGAACACAGAUUCUUCUGCAAGAGGCAGUGAGGAUAUUCUGGAUAAAGUUGAUGGUUUGGAAUCUGUUGAGGAGACGGUUACUAGUUUGAGUCAGUCAGUAGAAACCAACUUUAACAAACUGAGUAAUAUUUCCAAGAAUAUAUCCAAUUCUUUACAGACUAAAGAAGAUUGCGGCACACCUUUGUGUGGGGGGGAAGGACUGGCAGACCCUAGUGGGUCUAGUCUUGUUGAUAAACCAAAAAUGUUUUGUGCUGAAGUUGGCCAUGGUAUAAUUGGGCAAACUGCUAAUAUGGGAGGAGAAUUAGAUUUUGAUUCGGCACAAGGGAACUCUUUUCCUGAGGUUGAUCCGAUACCUAUUCCUGGUCCACCAGGAUCAUUUUUGCCUAGUCCUAGAGAUAUGGGUUCUGAUGAUUAUCAAGGGAAUUCAUCAUUGACUACCAUCCAGAUUCAAUCCUCUCAAGAUCAUCAGCUUGAUUUGUUAGAUGGGGACUCAUCUGAUUCAUCCAUAUCUGCAGUGUCAACAAUCUCUAAUUCUGUGGAAGCUAGGUUAGAUUUGAAGUAUGCAGAACCAUUAGCAUUUGUUGGUGCUCCUGCUGCUAUAGACAAGGAUAGGUCUGGCUACUCGACUGGCAAGUCUGACCACUUAGUUGAGAAUGGUGCUGCAAUUCAUCAGAAAAGCGAAGGACCAGAAAGAACAUUUGAAGGAGAGAAAUUUAGAGUCCAAAGAAUAUCUAUUGAAAAGAGACCUUUCAUUUUUAAAAAUGAUGAUCAGCCAUGCUGUUGCCAAAGAAAAGAGAGAUCCUCUCAGGGUUUUGCCCUAAAUUAUCAGAAGUCACAACUACCAAGGCAACGAACAAUGGCCUCAAUGAUGGUGCCUGCCAUUCAAAUGCAAAAUGGUCCCAUUCCCAGUUUGAAUCCUAAUAAUUUGGAUGCAAGACCAGAAACAUUUUCUCUGACAAGCAGUUCAAGUUUAGGAUCUGAACAAAUAGUCCUCCCUGUCAUGAAACCUCCUGCAGCUCCCAUUCCUUUUAAAGGAUGCCCUGAUGCUGGUGUCAAGCUUUCCAGUUGCAGUGACCGUGAUUCUGCUAGUCCAUCUUCUUCUAAUCCCAUUCUCAGGCUGAUGGGAAAGAACUUAAUGGUGGUUAACAAAGAGGAAGAUGCAUCUGUGCCACUUAUUCACGGCCAGUCAUGUGCCCAGAGUAAUUGUCUAACUCCUAACUUCCCAACUUUUUCUGGAAUCUCUUCUAGCAAUAUCCAGAAUCAAAGUGGCCUGCCCUUCAAUCAUGCAAUACCUCUGGGUUCUUUAAUCUUUUAUCAGAAUCCAAAUUAUUUGGUGGGGCAAUCUUUUGAUGUCCGAUUGACAAAUGGCUAUAGAAACCAUGCAAAUCUUGCGACACCGCAAACACCUUUGCAAUUUCCAUCUGGCUUGUUUCUCGAUGAACAUAUGGAUUGUGGUUUAACUACCUCCAUGGAGCUGUGCAAGUAUGAAGGUAACUAUAAUUUGCCAACUCAACCGGAUAGACCUAAGAACAAGCUAGGUCCAGCUGCAAAAUAUCGUAUGGAGAAAGUUGCAACUCUAGAUUGCCAACAUAGGAAUGGGGAUUCUGCUCUUUCCAGUAAAGAAGUCAUUGUCAUUGAUGAUGCUCCUGAAAGUGAAACAAACAAGAUAGCUGACAUUGCCAAACACUUUGAAGGCUUGAGGGAAAGCCAAUUAAUAUCAUCUGGCAUUUCAAUGCCAUUAGUUCCUAAUCAUAGUGUAAGGAGCAUGAAUCCUUUUUCUCAUUAUCACUCAGAGGAGUCUUUACUAGGUGACCCAACAGUGUUGCAAAAUAACAACUCUCAUCCAAUCCCUUCCAGACGAGCCAAUACAAGUCCUGUUAGGUGGGAUUGCACUGCAGAAGGUUCUGGUGUGCCGCAGCGGGGUCCUUUUAAGGCUGUAUCGCCUUCAACAUGCCGUCUCAGAUCUGCACUUUGUUAUGCUCCAAGUUUGUCGUAGCCGCAUUGUUUGGGAUGGGAAAUUUUAGAUUGUCUGUGCGUCGGCAUGUUUCAUAUCAAACUUGGUACCGAAUCUUGAGCUUCUCCGUGACUACUGACAGACAGAAAAUUUUUGGGGUUCAAAAAUGAUUUUCUAUGACGAAAAUGAUGGCAGUUUGAUGAUUUAAUAGAUUCGGUGCAAGCUUUGCAAGAUCUCAGAGUUUUUAUUUAUUUAUUUUAUUCACAUACUGUCGGGCAAACUUUAUGCAGUUUUUGAGGCUUCUGCAUAGGCAAUUACAAAGUUAUCCCAAAGACUAGAUAAUAUAUAGGCAGCAAUCCUCGAAUAAAAAUUGACAAAGGGACCUUUGGUUUAAAGCCAAUGGAGGUAAGGUCUUCCAAUAUAGUAAAGAAGUAUUUAUCUUGUUUUUAUAAUUUUAUUAUAUUUGUUGGAACUGUUUUCACAUUUUGAAAUCACUUGCAUGUGAAUCAAGGAAAUGCUUUUGUCGAUAUCACUAAUGAAUGGUGAAGGCAUUAUGAUCAGUGAUAAGUAUCGUUCAUUAGUUGAUGAACUCAUGAUCAUUAAAAGUUGAUAAUGGUUCAUUAGAUGCUGAAUUGUUGUUGUAUAUAUAUAUAUAUAUAUAGAUGUUAAUAGUUCUGAGAGUGUGUGGUAUAUAGAUGUUGAAGAUGGAUGGUAAUAGAAGAGCUUUCAGAUUAUAUCUUUCACAGCUGAGAUAAGCCAUUGAUGAGAACUUGGGUUGAGAAUCUUGCAUGGCAGCAUCAGCAUGCAUGGUCUGACACUAUACUAGUUUUUCAGUGAGGAAAAAAAGAACACCGAAGAUCCUUCUUUCUGAUGAUAUAAAUAGAAGAUCCAUUUAUA